GGUGAGUCAGCCAAGCCUGAAGAUUUAGGAAGAGGAGAAAGCAGAGACAGACAGCUGUCCUGAGAAGCUCCAACGUCCCGCUCUUCGGUCCCCAGGAAAGAGACCCCAGAUGGGGAAGAGCUGCAAGGUGGUGGUUUGCGGCCAAGCCUCAGUCGGGAAAACGUCGAUCUUGGAGCAGGUCCUCUAUGGGAAUCAUGUGGUUGGUAAGUGUGGGGGCAGGGCGGGUGCCAGCAAGGGGGCGUCCUGCAGCCCCCCUCAUUCUUGGCUUUUUGUAAAGACCAACCCCCUGACAAUAACAAAUCAGUGCCUAGCCCAGCUGUUGACGAGAGACCCUACAAUAACAAAUGAGCAUCAACCGCCCAGUGGUCCAGAACACACUCUAGUGGAACUGCCCCGCCCUCUGCAACUAAAGUGGACGAGUGUCAGCACAUGAUGGAGGCAGACAGGGUGGUGCAGUGAGAGACCGGGGAUGGGGACAGGCGGGUUUGGCUGCCAGUGUCCCAGGUGGGGAGAAUAAAUUGAAAAAUACCUGGAGAUGUCGCCUCCAGCAGCUCCUUUCUACAGGCUGUUUUCCCCAGCAGUGCUGCUCUACCCAUGGAUGCGGGAGACCUGAAUGAGCAAGGAGCAGAGUAUGAGACUGGCCUGGGCAAGGAGCUGCUAUGAUGUGGUAAUACCUAGGGGCCCCAGGCAAGCUUGGGGCACCAUUGUGCCAGGCUCUGCCCCAAAGAGCUCCCAGUCUGAACAGAGCAGACAAAGGCCAGGAGGGGAAACUGAGGCACAGGGAAGGGGAGGGACUUGCCCACGGGCACUCAGCCGGUCCGUGGCAGAGGCAGCCAUAGAACACAGUCCUCCCGACGCCCAGUCCAGUGGAACAGUGCGAGGAUGCUCCUGCCGCAGUCCUCCGUCACGGCAGACUCCGCAGCCCAGCUCCCCACGUUACCCCACGCCCGCCCGCCUCCCUGCAGGUUCCGAGAUGAUAGAAACCCAGGAGGACAUCUACGUGGGCUCGAUCGAGACGGACCGAGGGGUGCGGGAGCAGGUGCGGUUCUACGACACCCGGGGCCUGCGGGAGGGCGUGGAGCUCCCCAAGCACUGUUUCUCCUGCACGGACGGCUACGUGCUGGUGUACAGCAUCGACAGCAAGGAGUCCUUCCGGAGGGUGGAGCUGCUCAAGAAGGAAAUUGACAAGUGCAAGGAUAAGAAGGAGGUCACCAUUGCGGUUCUGGGCAACAAGUGCGACCUGCAGGAGCAGCGGCGCGUGGACCAUGACGCGGCCCAGCACUGGGCCAAGGGCGAGAAGGUGAAGCUGUGGGAGGUGUCCGUGGCCGACCGCCGGACGCUGAUCGAGCCUUUCACCUACCUGGCCAGCAAGAUGACGCAGCCGCAGAGCAAGUCCGCCUUCCCGCUGAGCCGCAAGAACAAGGGCAGCGGUUCCAUGGACGGCUGAAGGCCUGGCCUCCCCUCCCCCGGCCACCUCGCUCCCCCGGCGCAUCCACCCUCUCCUGAGCUCUGGGGUGUUGGCACGAAGCCUGGUGAAGGGAGGUGCCGAGUGGGUGGCGGGGGCUUGGCCCCUGGCUGCACCAGGCAGCAUGGCGAGGACCCAGUGCCAGGGAUGGUCGCUGGGGGCAGUGAGGACAUCUGGCCCAUCCCUGCUGCCUGGAAGGGGAGGGCAGCCUUGGGCGGCUGGUCUGAACUGGGGAUUCUCCCAGACCGUGCCCUGGGAGCCCUGCGAACAGGCAGCUACUGGCCUGGUCUCUGCUCCCAAACCACAGGCUAGACAGAGCCCUCGGCAAACACACUCCUUGCCUUGGCAGGGGGCUGCGUGGACAGCAGGAGGCCUGCAAAAGCCUCACGGGCUCCAAACUCCAUUUGGCCCAUUGUAACUCUUGCCCUGAACCUGGAGGGGAGCGUUCCCUCCACAAGAAGAUCGUGACACUACCUAGCUCCUUCCUCCCCCCGUGCCGCAGAAUGCCCUGGCCUGGCUCCCCAAAGUUCCUUCCUCCAGGCUGGCGCUGGAGCCGGUGCCCAGCCGGAAGGUGGGCUCUGAGCUCCCCGGCUGUGGAGCCGUUCGGCUCCUGAACUAGUCCCUUGAGCACAGUGGAGCUGGAGCUACAGGCGAGGGGUGAAGGCGCUCAUCGUCCAGGCCUCUCCGCCCACCAACAGGCACCUGCAGCUGGGGAGGUGGAUGGGGGCUCCAAGAUUGCUGGGCUCUUAGCCCCAUGCAUGCUGCACUCACUCCCUGGGGGCUCCGUAGCUGCCUCCCUGAAGAUCGUGGGGAGCAAGGACUGCCCUGGGUCCCUGCAGAACCUUCACUGUCUGCUGGGCUCCUAGGCCACCCCGUCCCCCCUCAGUUCUUUGCUGGCCCCUCUGCAGCAGCAGAAUUGGGGCGCUCAGGUGAGGCCAGGCCGAGCAGAGCUUGGGUUUAGGUUCAUUAAGCUCAUUAGAGCCUCGUCAGUGUCCAAGCAUGUCAGAGCUUUCCCAUGCUGCGAUCCCAGGCCGAAGGCCAGGCCAAGCCAUGAUGUCAGGGUUGCGCCCCUGCCUCUGAUCCCACUACGGCCUGAGCUGAAGACCCCAGCGGGGGGAGCUCAAUGCAGAAGCCUGGGCGUGGGCCAGCCGCUAGAGGGAGGCCACGCACCAGCCAUUUGCAUCGCUCGUUAGGCGGGUGCAGCUCAGCUCAGCUCAGCCUCGUUGCUGAGGAGCAGCUGGCCCCCGGGAGACACGUUUCCGCCCUGCGGCUCUGUUGGGCUGACGCUCUUUGGACGGAACUGGGGUCGGGCUGCAGAGGUGGCCUCAGCAGGCCAUUAAAAUGGUCAGUUGGCCAAGAACCAAGGGGGUUAAUUUUAGAUGGUCCCGAGCUUCUCCUUGGCCAGAAAUCUGGGAUGGGAGGGAAUGUGCUUUGGCUGCUGUGAGGGCACGACUGGGGCUCACUGGGGUGUCCUGGAUUAGCUCACCCUGCAGCAGGGCAUGUUCUGGCUGGUGUUUCUUUUUUUAAUGAUUGCAUGGAUGUAAUCUCAUGUCAGAGGCAUGUGGAGCCCCUUCCUCCUGGUCAGCAAGCGCCGUCAAUAAACUCAGCUCAGCUGCU